CUUAUUCAGGAUUCCCACGUGUUUUUUUGUGUUUUUUUUUGAUCAUCGUUAUUUGCUGGAUUCUUAGUUUUAUUGAUAUUUUAAAUCAUGGAGCCUCACCGACCAGGUCGUUUUAAACAAAAAAAUAAACCACAUAAAGCUGGAAAAAAACGUUUCCGAUAUAAUUCAACAUCUUCGGUUCAUUCAUUACGAUCCUCGUCAUCGAAUAUUUGUGGCAAAAAAGGUUCAGGUUUUGCUCGUAUUGUGCGAAAAAAUCAAUCAAUACAAAUCAGGCGCAUUAAACGAGAAGAACUAAUUAAUUCGCGUCGAAAAAUUGCUAUAGCGCCUAUUCUUAUUGCUGUUAUAGAUUUUUCUGAUCGUUUGGAUCAUUUUUUGAAUCUUUUACAAGAAUUCGACCCAACAUCUACGAUCGAAACUUCCAAACAUGGUCAUUAUUGGCAUAUUGAUCUGCCAAAAUUUCGAACACGAUAUCAGCUAGUAAUUUUGGAUCGAAAAGAUCUUUUUUCAUCAAUUGACUUGGCCAAAUUGGCUGAUAUUUUAUUGAUCAUUCAUUCAACAGACGUUGAACGUUUGGAAAUCAAUAAUCCAGAAUUGAUUCAAGAUGAUUUCUUCACCUUGGACGCAAUUUAUAAUCAUUGCUUGCCUAUGGCUAUCCAUGGUAUUAUCGGUUUGACCGAUUUGAACAAUCCGAAGCAAAAAGAUCGAGUACGACGAACACUCUUUGAUUUUAUGAAUAAAAACUUUCCCGGUCUUAUGGAUGGACUUAAUGAUAAAUUGCGAUCAUUGGAUACGGUUCAAGAUUUGUUUAAAUUCUUUCACUUUUGUUCGACCGUUAAUUGUGGCCGUAAUAGAUCUAGUAGUUAUUGUUCGCGUCGAAGCCAGCUUUUGGCAGAAGAUUUUAAUUUCGUUCCUAGUUCAUCAGAUACUGAAAUCGGUACCUUGCAGGUUGAAGGUUUUGUUCAUAAUAAUCCAUUGAAUGCAACUUCCUUGAUAUAUGUUCCAGAAUUCGGAGAAUUUCAUAUGGAUCUGAUUGAAACUGUUCCAGUUCCAUAUGGUAAUGAAAAACGGAAACAAACCAAAGAAAUGGAAUUCCGAAUGUUGUGUGAUCCAAAAUUACGACCAUCAUUAAAACGAGAGAAUUCUGUCGAAACAAUUUUCGAACAAGAAAUGAAAGCACAACACGAAGACAUUCAACAUUCGGAAAUAGAAAGGAAGAAAGUGCCUGUCGGUACAUCUGACUAUCAAGCAACAUGGAUUUUCGAGUCGGAUGAAGAAGAAAAUGACGGUGAUAUUGAUGUUGAAUGCGAUAAUGAAAGUCAAUUUAGUGAUGAUCAAGAUGAAAUCAUUCAAAAAAUGAAAAAGAUUAAGUUUGCCCCUACCGUUGCUGUCUAUGACGAUGAAAACGUAAACGAAAUGAUAGAUGAUGAAAAUAAUGAUGAAAAUCUGGAUAAAAUGAUUGAUUAUGAUCAAGAAAUAGAUAUGCAAGAAGAACAAAUGGAAUUGGAAAAAUUCAAGGAGCAACGAAUGUAUGAGAUGUUUCCUGAUGAAAUCGAUACACCUGUGGAUCGGCCAGCACGUGAACGUUUCGCUAAAUAUCGUGGAUUGAAAAGCUUUCGAACAUCAUCAUGGGAUUGUAAAGAAAAUCUUCCUUCUGAUUAUUCUAGAAUAUUUCAAUUUGAAAAUUUUAAUCGUGUGCGUAGACGUAUAUUCAAGUCUGAUAUGUUUGGUGCCGAUCCUGGAUUUUACGUUCGUGUCCAUCUAGCUAAUGUGCCGAAAAAAAUGGCUGAUUACUUUCAACGAAAUUCUCAUAAACCUUUAAUUUUAUAUCAACUUCUAGCUCAUGAACAUAAAAUGUCUGUGAUGAAUGUCGUUGUAAGAAAAGUGACAUCGUUUACAAUGCCAAUCAAAUCAAAAGAACGAUUAAUUUUUCAUGUGGGAUAUCGUCGAUUUGCUUCGAAACCUAUUUUUUCAGCUCACACGACUGGUGACAAACAUAAGUAUGAAAAAUAUCUUCGUUCUGAUGUUGCUUGUGUUGCCACUUUAUACGGACCUAUAACAUAUCCUCCAGCACCUGUUAUCGUUUAUAAAGAAUUUGAAGAUGGUAGCCAUCAAUUGGUUGCUAUUGGUUCUCUAUUGGAUUGUAGUCCUGAUCGUUUAAUUAUCAAACGUUUCAUUCUUUCUGGGCAUCCGUAUAAAAUUCAUCGACGUCAUUCUGUUGUUCGCUAUAUGUUUUUCAAUCGUGAAGAUGUACUUUGGUUUAGGCCAGUUGAAUUACGAACAAAAUAUGGCCGCCAUGGACACAUUUUGGAACCAUUAGGAACACAUGGUCAUAUGAAAUGUCGUUUUGAUCAUCAGCUUAGCUCACAGGAUACUGUGCUUAUGUAUCUUUACAAACGAAUUUUUCCAAAAUGGUAUUAUGAGCCGAUUAUGGUUGAUCAACAUCCAAACAUAAACUUGACAUCUAAUGAUCAACUCAACCAAAACGAAAACAAUGAUGAUGAUAAUAAAAUGCAAUUAUAAUUUAUAUGAAAUUGUUUUUUUUUGAAAUAAAAAAAUCUGUUUUUUUUGC